AUGCUGUGCGAAAAAUUGAAGGCAGAGAUUGGUGAAAGUGACCGGAAUGUUUUGCACGUAAAAACUGAGAAAGAGGAGUUUGUUUUAGAAGGCCGACCUGUUAUGCUAUCAGCUUUCAGUCACGUUGCACAACAAAGAGACUUGCCUAGAGAGUACACUUACUACAAUGCUCCUAAAAAGCCCACAGAAAAGUCGUUCGUUUACGAUGCUGUGUUUUCAAAGGAAACUGGCUUUAAUGAAAAACAGAGACGCGAUGAUCGUCGACACGACAAAAUGGUUGGCUUGCACAUCCAUGAUGAAGAAGCCUCCAAGCCCAUUCCAUCUCAAUCUUCUUCCAUAUUUGGACACUACUUAGAUCGACGCUGUGAUCCUCUGGAUCGCUCCAGAGUGAGGAUUCAACUGGUGGAAUCUGAAUUCUUCCGUCGAAACGGCGUCGAAUUCACUACAAUGAUGGAGGAUCAGUAG